AUGGCCCUUCCACCUACAGCUUCAUCUGCAUCGCCGCCACCAUCGUCGUCAUUUUCCUGCCUCCCCAACUCAUUCUCAUCCCUCUUCCUCUCGUGCAUCCAGACCCGCAGAAACAAAAAGGGCCGACAUAGCCCUAACUCUCCCAACAACAACAACAACAACAACAACAACAACAGAGCUUCCUGCAGCCAUGCAACAACAGCACGCACAUGCACAUGCGCAUACAUAUCCCCAACAGAUUCAAUAACAGAAAAAGAACCAGAGGCAUUACCAAGGCUCGACCCCAACACCAUCUCGAUAACACGGACGACGUCCAUCCGCAUCGUCGAGUCCGACUCCAGCUCCGACUAUGACUCUCGGACGUCUCUCGACUCGGACUUGAAUUCUGUCUCGGACUAUGGAUGUGGAUGCGGCAGUGAAGUACCAGGGCACGACCACGAGUACGAGCACGAUCAUCAGCAGUACACCUACGAGGAUGACGAGAAAUUAUCGGCUCGGCCUCUCCCGCCUCUUCCCACCACCACCACCCAGACACUAUCGUCAAGGAAACACCCCGAUAUUAUAAAAACCAGGCUUAUCGAGGAAACGAUCCCCGAAGAAGACGAAGACGAAUACCUGCAGCAGCAGGAAUCACAAUCUCAGCCUGAAGGCCAGGAUCAAGCACAAGAUCCCAAGCAGAGCAAACGCACAACAACAACAACAGGCAGCCGCCGCAAGUCAAUGAUCGAAUUGUUUAAUCUCUCCUCGGUCCGGUCCGGCUCUUCUACUACGUCUUCUUCGUCUGCGGCAACAGGUCCGGGGCUGUCGUUGUCGUUUUCGAAUCUACAUUUCAGAUUCCCGUUGCCGCCUGUUUGGGGACAACGGCAGUCUCGCCAGGUUGAUGACGAGGGAAGCCAGGGUCAGGGCCAGGAUCAGGGUCAGGGUCAGAAGGACGAGAGAAAGAGGCCAAUGUCAACGUCUGCGCUACCAUCCUCAGCACCGUCAAGCGUCUCUGCAAAGAAACAGGUACGCGGUGUCUCUCUGCACUCAGCCCUAACUCAACCUCAGCCCGCCGAGAGCGAAAGCACAUCGACAGCUGCAGCAACAACAACGACGACGACAAAAAAAGAACGUCGAAUGGGCACAAUCGUCUUCCCGCCUUUGGCACUACUCUCUCGCUCGGGGACUAACGGUAACAACAACAACAGCAACAACAGGGGAAGUACAAACUCUGUAUCAGGUAGGUCUCUUUUUUCCUAG